AUGGUUGCCAUGACUUCGCAAUACUCCAUGAUGUCCAUUGUAAUACUCUCGUACAAGCCUCACCAAGACGAGAAGCUGACCGGGUCGACCGGCUCAUCUCGCGCCCGCCAAGCCUGGGCAAACUGUGGCUGCGGCGCUAAAUGGGCCAAAAUGGAUUCGCCCAGACUUAAGGCUGAGGAGAUCCCCAUCUUGACCCAGUCGCCCAGCAAUAACAUCGUGGUUCCGACCCUGGACGCGUACGUACGCACUCUUGCUCAGGCGAUGAUCCGGAUGGUCGUUGCUCCAGGCCGUGAGGACUCCAACUGGCCUGCAGGAGACCACGCAAGGGCAUCUGCAUGGCCCCCAAAACGACAGCAGGAACAUUUCACUAGAUAG